AUGAAACACUCCACUCUUCACCCCUCUCCGGCGCUUGUCAGGAAUGUCGGUCCUCGCUACAGUCGGCGAGGGAGCAGAUGGAGAGGGAUUCUGCUCAGGCGGGGGGCGGUCGAGGAGGCUGCCCGCAAGGGGGCAACGCAGGGGAAAGAGACGGGGCCUCAAGCCCAGCAGCAGCAACUUCCCCAGGGCUCCCACGCGUCCACGGCCAGCGACGCCAAGCUAGGAAAGGAAGGGUUCGGCCUGAGGCACAUGGAGGAGGCGAUGCUUCGGUCAAUGGAGGAGUCCAAGCAGGACGGGGGGCGUAACCCGCAACAGGGAAAGGUUUCGUAGGCACCGUGGGCCAAGGCGACAGCAGCACCGGUGAGGAGGAGGAGGGAGAAGAAGAAAGAGGCCUUCCCUACAGCGUCGACCAACCGGUGGGCGGUUUUCGCCGAAGACGAGUAUGAUGACGAUUAGGACGAGGGCAAGGGAGCAUAGGGAACAACGCUCGCCGACGCCACGCCCGUUAGGUCGCCCCCCGGCAGGGGUCGAACCCGCGGCAAGUCGCCGAGCCCGAGUCGCCACCGGGCCAACAAUGAACGCGAAGAGCCCUAGUCCGACAGGGCAGGCGGCCGUGUUGCACACUCGGGGCUGUGCACAGGAUGCAAGGGGCCUCGGAUGUAAACUUUCUGAAAUAUUCUGCCGCGCGAACCCUUGGCAUUUCGAGGAGACGAGGUCCCAUGUGUCGCUGUCGGAAGUAGGUCAGGGAUCGUACUGUGUCAUACGUAAUGAUAUCUAUGCUAGAAGAGAACUGAAGGGUUUGAAGAAGACCUCGCCUUUCAUUCAUAUUGGUACGCGUAGAUAGUCCUCUUAGAGCGAUGUGCCUGGACAGACAACCAGCUUGAUCCUGUUGGUGUUGGUCGCGUGGCGUCAAGAGGGCUCGCGUCAUGGACUGAGAAAUCACGGACUGGGGCCAACAGUCAACUACAGUAUCUGAUGUUUCGCUGCCGGCACCACGAGGGGAUUCUUGCUCCAUUCACCGUACAUGCUGCUCCCAAGCGUCAAGUAUCGAAUUCACCGGGCAAUAGGACUGGUAGUGCGCAUACGCAACACGAGUAGUCCAGUACCAACGAGGAGAACAUCAAGGAAUCGCUCGACAUGGUGUGGCAGGAGUCAGUGCAACAGCAAAACUGACGUUGAGCCGCAUUGUUCACAAAAGAAUAUAGUCCAACUCAGCUACAUUUGCCGAAGUAUCUCGAGGUUCCAAUUUGAAAGGUGGCAGCCCAUCCAGUUGGAUCCCAUGUAUUGCAGAUUGGUGGCCAUGUUUGCGUGUUUGCUCGUUAGUGGUUUCU